CCUCGUUCGUCUGUUUCACCGGUCAGGAUUAAUCUGGCUUGCAUCCAUUUACUUCCACUCCUGGUUUCUCGUGUAGACUAAAGAUCAUACAAUAGACAGUCACAAUAGACGAUAGAACAUGGCGUGGUACAGCCAGACUAUCGAAUCCUUCUCCGAUUCGCUGGGGACCAGCCGAAGCCAACUUCCCCUGCUCGCCGUCACAGGGGCCUCGUUCACUUUGGGUCUCUUGUUUCGAUCACUGCUUUCAGACCCACAACAGGAAAACACAGUGCUUGAGUCCCCGCGCAAGAAAGUCCUGUCCGUGUCCGAUUCAGUGAACCGUGAGCUUCCGCUGCCCACGGACGUACUCCCGGGAGCCCGGGAUGUCUCUACGCCGUAUGGAUCUAUCCGUGUGUAUGAAUGGGGCCCAGAAGAUGGACCUAAGGUUCUCCUAGUUCACGGGAUAACCACUCCGUGUAUUGCACUUGGGGGGCUGGCCCAUGCCUUGGUUGACCGGGGCUGCCGGGUCAUGCUGUUUGACCUGUUCGGCAGAGGCUACUCCGAUUGCCCGUCUGACAUUCCACAGGACAACAGACUGUUCUCUACUCAAAUCCUUCUCGCCCUAAGCUCAUCGUCACUUUCUUGGACUGGAGCCGGUUCAGGUAGAUUCUGCCUCGUGGGUUACUCAUUGGGUGGUGGCAUAGCUGCUUCCUUUGCAGCAUAUUUCCCCCAAUUUCUCUCUUCGUUGGUGCUACUUGCACCCGCAGGCUUGAUUCGUGACUCCCAGAUCAGUUUCCAGUCACGUCUCCUUUACUCCCGGGGUCUUGUUCCGGAACGUGUGCUUGGCUUCUUGGUUGGACGCCGCCUCCGCGCAGGCCCGUUGACUACCCCGAAGCCGAAGGCCCGUAAGCUUACCGCUGAGGAUGCGCUCGCCGAGGAGCUGCCAACACAGGGUGCGGCACAAGUCCAGCAGCUAUCUCGGACGUACUCUCAUGUCAAUGUUCCCAGUGCGGUCCAAUGGCAAGUGGGUGAGCAUGCUGGGUUCGUGCAUGCUUUCAUGUCCAGUAUGCGACAUGGACCGAUUCUGCAGCAACGCCAGCGCGAGACUUGGGAACGUCUUGGAAGGCAUCUAUCGGCACAAAAUGAUCUCCCGAUCGACGAACAGCGUUUGAAUGGCCUACCAAGUGAUAAGGUACUGAUCAUGUGCGGGGACCAUGAUGCUGUCAUCGUCAAGAAAGAGCUUGUCCCUGAUGCAACGUCGGCACUUCAAGGGCAUGCAAGCUUCAAAUUCUUCAACGCAGGCCACGAGUUCCCAAGUACCAAAUAUGAAGAAGUGGCCCAAUAUGUGAUGGAGUUUAUGCACUGAGGACCCUGCAAGGAAUCAUCCUACGAUGCUGAUCAUUGACUUUGAUUUACUUUCUUUAUAGACAUUUUGGAGUGG